AAUUCACUAACAGGAAUCUCAUAGAGAAGCAAAGAGCUCAUACAUUCAUCAAGUGACAAUCCAUAUCCAAGUAUAAUGGAGAAGGUUAAUUGCAAGUUGUUGUUCUGCAUUGCGCUCUUGACUUUCGUUGUUUUUUGUGGGAACAAGAAUCGUAUUGGAGCAGAAGGCAGAUACUUAAGCAAACCAUGUCAAAGUCAAGAUGAUUGUGCUUCAUGGGGCCAACAAUGCCACUGUGACUUGGGGCUCCAUAUGUGUUUGUGCAAUGUACCACCAAGUGUAAGAUCUCCACUAAAGUCCAUGGGACGUGAAGAAGGAUAUUGAAAAGAACAUGGAUAUCAUAUGAAUAAAGCAAUUGAGAGGAAAGAAUGAGUGUUGAAGUACAAUUUUCUUUGCAAGACAAUAAAUAUUUGCAUAAAGU